AUGGGGCUUGGGGAUAUCACCCUAAUUUCUUCCCCACUUCUACAGGUGCUGCAGAGGUUAGAGAUGUCCCUAACCACGCUUAGAGAUACAGAGCUUCAGGAAUUGGGAGAUCUAGUAACACAAAAGUGUCUUGAACAUCCAUUUCUAUUUGAAGGCCUAUGGCAUAUGUUGGAGGACAUUGCUUCAUGCGUUUCAGAACCAAUACCUUUGAGUCAGCUACCACUGCAAGGUCAUGAAAAAGAUGAGGUGUUUGAUAUCAUAAACUCAAUCUAUGAUAAUUCAGUUGCACUAAGCAACAUUUCCUUGCAAUUGGAAACCAUUGGAAAGCUUGUCAGAUUUGCAUCUUCUGAAGAAAUGGCCCAAAUGGGUGAAAUGGAAAUGGCAGGGGGACUAGAUAAGGACCCACUCCUUCCUGUUCAUACUUAUCAUGAGAUUAUACAGUCCAAGCCUGGAAAAGAACAGGUGUCUUCCAUGGACACCAACAUUAAUGAAGGAUCAACUUCUGAAGUUGCUAAUACUUCAGAGCCAUGUGAAAGCUUUAACAAUCUACCUCAACAUCUAAAGGGAUGUGUUAUCUACACUUGUAUUUUAUUUCUUGGAGAUUAUGAAUUUGAGGAGGAUACAAUAAUUCAGUUAUGGAUUGCCGUGGGCUUUAUAAGGACAAGGCAAGAACAACUAGCGGAGAGGGGUCAAAUAUACUUUGGAGAACUUUGCAAACUUUCUAUUUUUCAGAUGUCACCCACUGUCUCUGAAAAUUAUGAGCCAACAUACAGAGUUCAUAAGGAUGUCUAUGAGCUAAUAAAACAACACUGUCCAAAUGAAUAUGCUAUAAUGGAGGAAGGUGGAUCAAAUAAUGUAUCUCCAGUGACUUUGCAUUCCACACUGUUGCUUGGUGACAAAAUUGGCAACUUUGAUAUGAAAAUAUUUGAAAGGUUUUAUGAAGCAGAGUUGUUACGCACACUUAAAUUGCAGAAUGAGUGUGGAAGGCCCAUCAAGUACAUUUCUCACAAUUUGUUUGUGAAAUUGAGAUUCUUACGAGUGUUGGAUUUGAGCUCCACAGAAAUCAAAGAGUUGCCAACCUCUGUUUGCAAUUUGAGACAUUUACGAUACCUUGAUGUCUCCAGCACCCGCAUCAGAAAGUUGCCAGAAUCAAUGAGUAAACUCGAUAAACUAGAAACAUUGAAGCUUAAAGAUUGCUCAGAUCUUGUUGGGUUACCCAAUGAAAUGAGUAAGUUGAUUAACCUUCAGUAUCUCGAUCUGAAUGGGGUGCAUCAAUUGACUUCCAUGCCUCCAAGAAUGGGUCAGUUAACUAAUCUACACAUGCUCAACAGAUUCAUUGUGGGAAUAGAAGAAGGAUUUGGGAUUGAAGAGCUUAAAUACAUGAAGAAGCUUGGAGGAUCACUUUGCAUAGAAAAGAUGGAGAAUGUUACAAAAGAUCAGGCUAAUGAAGCUCAAUUAGGUGAUAAGGAUGCAAUUCACAAACUGGAAUUCCAAUGGAGUUCAUCACAGAGUAAAGGUGAAAAAGAAUUUAAUCUUAUUGAGCCUCAUCGUUCAAUCAAACAGUUAAAGAUAACAAGAUAUGGUGCUGAGAGCUUUCCAAACUGGUUGUCUUCAAACAAUUUCCACCAACUUACAGUUAUCCACCUAAGAAACUGCAAUUGCACCCAACUCCCAAACCUUGGAAAACUCCCUUUCCUCAAAUCAUUGUACAUGCAUGAAAUGUAUUCUUUGAAAGAGAUAAACCAUGCGUUUCAUGGUCAUUUUGAGAAAUUAGAGGUACUAGAAAUGGAUGGAAUGCCCUGUCUGGAGAAAUGGACAGCAAUCAAGGAAUAUGACAUGCCUAGUCUUCGUGAACUUACUAUCAUCGACUGCCCAAAGCUGGUCACUCUUCCAGAGCUCAUCAACCUCAAAUCUCUACAACAUUUGAGAGUUAUACUUUGCCCUGAAAUCCAAUCUUUUCUAGGUGAAAGGCUAUCAGAAAGUCUUCAAUCAUUGACUAUUACGAAAUGUGCGAAACUCGAAGAACAGUGCCUGAAGAGAGAAGGCGAAUGGAGCAAUUUAAUAGCAAGCAUUCCUGAAAUCUGGAUUGCGUACCAACGGAUACCUUGA